AUGUCUGCUCACGAAGUUGAUGAAGAAUUAUCUGAAGUGAUAUACCCGUCAACGAGUGUGAUUCCUCAGAACUCACCGGGCGAAGAAUACUUUGAUGAUGUCCAAGCUCAGAGAGAGUCCGAGGAUAAUCAUCAACAGCAAAAAAAACGAACCGUGAGACAAAAAAAAGACAGCGCCAAGCUCCAGAGAGAAUUUCGGCAAAAACAGACUACUGAAGAAGUAAUAAAAAGGAAAACUGCAGCUGCUGCGUACAUGCAAGAAUAUCGUGUUCGAAAGAAAAACGAGUCUCUACACUCUGCUAAAAAAAGACGUUUGGACGAUAUACUCGUAAGUGCGCAUGAAGAACAAUCUGCUGAUUCGAUACCCAGUACCAGCGCCAGAGCAACGACGUCCACUGAGUCCACGGAGUCUAAUGAAAGAUUGCAUCAUCGAAGAGCCACAGCAGCACGACAUUCGAGUGAUUAUAGAACUCGAUGUCGUGAAGCAAGAGCUGCGAUUGCAACGGAAACAGUUCAAUCGUCUCCAAAUGAUGAUCGUUCUUCCGAUCAAGAACCAUUUCUGAGGCAACCAACAAUCCCCACUGUCGUAUAUGAUCCAGUAUUGCAACAAGCUGAAGCUCACCGCCAAUUUAAAGAAAAGUUUUUGGAAAAUAAUUUUGGAUAUGCAUGUUCUGUGUGCGACCGGUUAUGGUACGAGAAAGACCUGAAACCUGCACCUAUUAACUGUGUGACUAUUCUCGCAGCAGAAUUUCCCAACAUGGAUUUGGAAGCAGCUCGAGUUUGUAACACUUGCCAUGCCUCAUUGCGAAAAGAAAAAAUACCGACAUAUUCAACUUCAAACGGAUUCAAGUAUCCACCUCAACCUGAAAAUUUACCCGAUCUUGAUUUAGUCACUGAACGAUUGAUAUCGCCUCGACUUCCGUUCAUGCAGAUCAGCCGACUCAGACAUGGUCAAGGUCAGUAUGGAAUUUUGGGCCAAGUUAUCAAUGUUCCCGUUUCCGUCAAUACCAUGGUUCAUUAUCUACCACGAGAACUUGAUGAUGACUAUUGUAUAAAUGUCCACAUAAAACGAAAAAAGAUACAUAAAUCGAGUUAUCUUAUUGGCUUGGUUCGCAAACGUGUUGUUAAAGAUUGGCUCCGUUAUCUCAUCAAUACUCCUCUUUAUAAAUUCUAUAACAUUGCAAUUAACGAGUCAUUUUUCUCCAUGGAUGUAUCCCUGCCUCAUAGCACCAACGAUAUGAUGGAAGAAAUUGAUAUUGAAGACAGCUUGCACGCUCAACAGCAAACUUUACUUUGGAACGAAGAUAAAUUUCUACGGAUUGCUCCAGCACAAGGCGAAAUGCCAACAAGUGUUUUGUUUGAUGAACACUGCGAAGAGCUGGCAUUCCCCAGUAUUUAUCUUGGACAAUUUCGAGGUUUCAAAGAAGACCUGAAUGUGACACCAUAUAUGAUGGCAACCAGUGAACUACGCAGAUCCGAUCGACGAGGAGUAACCCCUCAACAUUUACUGUAUGUAGCAAUGAAAAUUCUGCGCAUGCGUACGCGAGAUGCAUUGACAGUUGCGUUCAAAUUUAUUGGUACAGAUACCACACUCACAAGAGCACAAAUAGAAUCAUCUAAUUUCAUCAAUGAUUGUCUUGAAACAAAUUUGGCAUUUUUACGUUCCAUUCCGAAUUCCACUUACUAUUGGUCGCAACGCAAACGAGACCUGUUCGCAAUGAUUCGCCAAUUGGGAAAACCUACAUUCUUUUUAACUAUGAGUGCAAACGAAAUUGGUUGGCCAAAAUUGAUGAAACUUUUAUAUAAAUUACGCAAUAAUGGAGCGGAUAUUGACUCACAGGGUCUUGCUGAUAUGCAUUUCAAUUUGAAAGCUGCUCUGAUCAACGAAGAUCCUGUUACCUGCGCGAUCCAUUUUGAUAAGUUAGUACAAGUCAUCAUGGGUAUACUCCAGUCAAAACAAUUCUGCCCCUUUGGCAAUCACUACGUCAAACACUAUUUUAUACGGAUCGAAUUUCAGCAUCGGGGUAGUCCUCACGCACAUAUAUUGCUUUGGUUGAAUGAAGCUCCAACUGACGCCCUAGCAGAAGGAAAAGCUGCCACUGAAACUUUUGUUGACGAAUUUGUUUCUGUAUCGCCGGCCGAUGCUUCUGGUUAUGAAAAACUCCAGAAACAUAAGCAUACAUUCACGUGUUUCAAGAAAAAAAAUUCAUCAGCAUGUCGUUUUGAAGCACCAUUUAUGCCUAGUCGAUCAACAGUUAUACUUCAACCAAUGGCAAAAACAGAUACACGUCAUACAGUGUAUUUAAAAAUCUACAAGCAAAUCAGGAAGGCACUCGAAAAUAAUGACUAUUGUGAUAUUAAUCAGUUCUUAACAGCAAACCAAAUUACUUCGUAUGAAAUGUACUUGGAUAUUCUGCGAGCUGGAAUAACCAGACCACGUGUAUUUAUAAAACGUGACACUAUGGAAAAAUGGAUUAAUCAAUUUAAUCCGUUUAUCCUCAACGUUCUAGGUUCGAAUAUGGACUUCCAAUUCAUUAUUGAAGAAUACUCUUGUGCUGCAUAUGUGGUGGAAUACGUUAACAAGACUAAUAGAGGCAUAAGCAAUCUUCAGCGAAAAAUUAUAGAGACCAUGGAUGAGCAUCCGGAGUUUGACUUUAUUGAAAUAACGAGGAAGUUAAGCGUCGAUAUGCUGAACUGUGUCGAACUCACCAGUCAGGAAGCUGCUUGGUAUCUCCUUCGACAAGCCAUGUCAAAAAGUUCAGAAAAAGUGAUAUACAUUCCAACUUCAUGGCCUGUUGAGAGGGAGCGUGUUCGAAAAUCGAAUAAAGCUUUGGAGGAGGAGAAUAUUGAGCAAGACUCAUGUGAUAUUUGGCUUGACAAUUGUUUUGACAAAUAUCAAAAACGACCAAAGGAAUUAAAUGACAUCACUUUAGCUCAAGCUGUUGCCCACUAUACAGUGUCCAAAGCCAAUGUCUGGAAACGACGUAUGCAUCCUAGGAUAAUUCGUUAUCGUAACUAUGAUGUGACAGCAGAUAUAAAUGAGUACAAACGUGAAAUGGUGACUUUACAUUUGCCUUUUCGUGAUGAAGAAAAUGAAAUUCUCGCAGAGAGAAAAUACGUAGAAAUUUACAAUACGCACGAGGUAAUAAUAAUGGAGCGAAGACGAGAAUUCGAGUCAAAUUUAGAUAUCGCUAAAACUAUAAAAAUUUGUCGAGAGUUAUGUCUUGAAGUCGCAGAAGAUGAUGAAGAUGAAACAAGAAAUGAUAUAAAUUUAUUAGCAGCGCAUGUACGAGAAGCUAACUCUUUCGCUGACUUUUUAGCAAAUCCAAACACGGAUGCCAACGCAGAUCUGAGAUUAGCAACGUUAAAUCGUCUCGGUCCUAUUGCCAAGAAACGGGAUAACGUUAUGGAUAAAGAAGACUUCAAUCGCCUCAUGUGCUCAACGAAUUAUCGCCAAAAAGGUCUCUUGCUUCACGUGAUUUCACAUAUUUUAAAUGCCGAUACUGAAGAACCUUUGCAAAUCUUUCUUACGGGACCUGCUGGCUGUGGAAAAACAUUCGUGAUUAAUUUACUGAGAGAAAUUUAUAAUCGGUUUUGCCAUACAGAUGGUUAUUGCAAUGCAUAUAUAACAUGUGCAUCUACGGGGAAGGCAGCUGUAGCCAUUGAAGGCACCACCGUUCAUACUGCUUUUAAAAUAACUAUAGGACGACCGCAACCACUGUCAUUUGAAGUAGCAAAACAAUUCCGUAGUCUCUUCAAGUACAUUGAAUGUAUUUUAAUUGAUGAGGUCAGCAUGAUAUCAGCAGAAUUAAACGGAAAAAUAGAUUCACGUUUAAAACAAAUUACGGCUUCUAAUUCUUCCUACGUUGGCAAAGAUAUUUUCUUCAUUGGUGAUUUGCGACAACUUCCAGCAGUACGCGCGACGCCUAUCUACAAACAACCGAAAAACAGCAUGGCUGGACCUACGCUAUGGCGAGGUUUGAAGUUCUAUGAACUAAACGAAGUCAUGCGUCAGGAAAAUGUUCAGUUCUCAUGUUUACUGACAAAAAUAGGAAACGGAGAUAUACUGAAUAAUGCAGAAUUGGACUUACUUGAAUCGCGGUUUUUCACCGAAGAGGAGGCGGCCGAAAAAUGCCCCAACGGUGUACGAUUGUUUUUCAGAAAUCAUGACGUUGAAUAG